AAAAAGGAAUGAAUCGGGUUGCGUUUGUGGAAAAAAGAAGAAAGUACAUUCCUUGUAAAAUGAAAAUAGGGAAUAGAAAAAUGAUGCAGGAGGUUUGGUUGGUCACUUGGUCCACUAGGCUACCUAAACUAAACUAAAAACCAAAACCACCCUUCGGAUUCCUUUUACCAUCACCAAACCAAACCAAACCAUGGGUGAAUGCGUGAGCAAGUGAGUUCAACAAGAAACCAAAACCCGUGACUCAGCCCACUCUUCUUGGCCUAACCACUGACCAAACCUCUCACUCUCUCUCUCCUUUCUAUCAAUGGCAUCUCAACAACACGAUGCCGUUUUCCGCGAAGAAGACAUGGACGACGACGACGAGUCCCAGGAGGACGAAGAGUUCGAAGAAGAGGACGACGUUUUGGCAGCCGACGAUGAAGAAAACGAGUCCUCUCCCUCCACCGCUCUCGCCGUCACCGUCGCCGUCCCCGGUUCCGCCAUCUCAAACGGUGGAGGCACGCCACUAUCCACGCCCACCGCCACCACCAUCGUCAUCGGUGACUCCUCCGAUCCGAAGCGGCGGCGCCUGGAGCCAAUCGAGGAAAAGAAGCCUCCGCCGCCGCUGGACGACUCGCGGCGGCUGUUCCAGCGCCUGUGGACCGACGAGGACGAGAUCGAGCUCCUUCAAGGGUUCCUGGACUACACCUCUCAGAGAGGAUCCUCUCACCACAACGACACCGCUCUGUUCUAUGACCAAAUCAAGUCAAAACUCCAACUCGAUUUCAACAAGAACCAGCUGGUGGAGAAGAUCCGAAGGCUGAAGAAGAAGUACCGAAACGUCCUCAACAAGAUUGGCUCCGGCAAGGAAUUCUCCUUCAAGAGCGCACACGAUCAAGCCACCUUCGAAAUCUCUCGCAAGAUCUGGAGCAGCGUGGCUCCAGUCGGCGAAAAUUCCUUGGACGACGACGAAAUCAACCCUUGCCCCAACCCUAACCCUAUCAUCCCCCACCCUAACCUUAAUUUUAGCCCCGUAAUUCUCAAGAACGAAACGACUUCCAGGAAUUCCACGGAGAAGAAAACACCGAAGCGCUCCCGGCCUCGAUCGGCGGUGAAAGUCGAGCCAAACGAUGGAUCCGCGUCGAACAGAGAUCUUAAUUGUACUAGCAAUGCUACGACUACGGCUACUCCUACUGCUACGGCUACGGCUACUAACACUACCGCUACUACUGCUACUACUAAUAACAAUUAUAACAGUGGUUAUAGCAAUAACAUACCGAGUUUGAUUGAGGAGACGGUGAGGAGUUGUCUGUCGCCGGUGGUGAGGGAGUUGGUGGGAGCGAUGGGAGGGGGAGCGUUUGGUGGGAGAGGAGUUUCCUUGAAUUUAAACCCCAUUCCUUUGAUGAAUUUGAGUUAUGGUGGUGGAGAAUUGGUGGAUGAAAAAUGGAGGAAGCAACAGAUAUUGGAAUUAGAAGUGUAUUCGAAGCGGUUGGAGCUGGUGCAGGAUCAGAUCAAGGCUGCGAUGGAGGAGUUACGGUCCGGUGGAGGAGGAGGAGUUUGAUCACGCACGCCUUUUAGUUUGUUCUUCGGUUCCUUUUUGUAGUGAGUGAUUGGAGUUCUCCUCUUCAUGUUCACUUCAUCACACCAAAAUUUGCCUCGUAAUUUGCUUCAUACUCAUAGAGCUUAGCACUUAGCUAGUAACUAGUAAGUAAGUGGUAAGUAGUGUUUUAUUUAUCUCUGAUUCGGUAGAGCAUUUGUCAAUUAAAAUAAAAUGUUUACAUUUUAGUCCGUUUUAUGUUCCUUUUAUUUUCAAUGGUCUCAUACAUGUACAGAACAGAUUGAAAUAAUUGGUCCGGAGUGAUGGCUUUGAACCAUGAUAUGUUGUAAAAGAUGCAAAAAUUAGUGGCUUCUUAAUUCUGGAAUGAUCUUGUUACACAACUUUAA